AUGUAUGGUAUACUUGUAUUACUUAUCACAACAUCAAUUGCAACAUCAACAUCAACAGGUGUUGUGGAUACCGAGACGAAGAUAGUAAUCAGCUUUUGUCAUAUUUAUCUCAAUUGGGGAAGCAGUUGUCAAGAUGACAAUUGCAAUGCUUAUUGUAGAAAAUUUAAGGGGAAAUUCGCAAAGGGGAAUUGUGAAAUGAUGGAUGGCGCAGUAAAGUGUCAUUGUCAAUGGGUUUGUUAA